AUGAGUAAAAUCAUCUCCCCUUUGCAGGAAGCAUAUGUACCAGGUAGACAGAUCUCUGACAACAUCCAGUUAGCUCAAGAGAUUGUUCACACCAUGCAAAGGCAAAAACAAGAAAAGCAUACUCUUGCUCUCAAGUUGGACAUGUCAAAGGCAUUUGAUAGGGUGGAAUGGCCUUUCUUAAUGGAUAUCAUGCACAAAAUAGGCUUCUGUGAAUAUUUUUGCAAACUGAUUAUGCAGUGUAUUGGUAUUACUAAGAUCUCUAUACUGCUAAAUGGUGCACCUUGUAAUUCAUACAUUCCUACAAGGGGAAUCAGGCAGGGAGAUCCAUUCUCACCAUACCUCUUCAUCAUUCUUAUGGAGGCUUUUUCAAGACAACUUUUAUAUGCUGAGCAAAACGGCAGUAUAGAAGGGAUAAAAAUUGCUCCAAGGGAUCCUUCCAUAUCUCACUUAUUCUUUGCAGAUGACUGCCUACUCUUCACUACAGCUGAUCUAUACAAUGUGAAUAAUUUGCUUCAAAUAAUUGAUAGUUUUGGUAAUGCUUCUGGACAACUUUUGAAUUUUAACAAGUCAAGCAGACAUAAGGAUGUUGGAGGUCAGGGUUUUAGAGAUUUAAGGAUUCUAAAUCAAGCUCGUCUUGUCAGAGCUGCCUGGAGAUUGUGUAAAAAUUCUGAAGAGCCUUGGGCAAAGGCAAUACAAGCAAAAUACUUCCCAGCUACUAGCCUUUUACAUGCUAGUAUUAAAACUGAUUAUUCUUGGUCAUGGAGAGGGAUACAACAUACUAUUUCCUUCUUAAAAGCUAACAGUUGCUGGAGGGUAGGAAGAGGUAAUAAGAUCAAAAUUUGGCUGGAUAUUUGGAUAAUUGGAAUGGACAACCCUCCAAGUCUUAGGGCAGAGAUAACUGACACUGAAGACUACAUAUGGGUUAUGAAACUUAUACAACCAAAUGGGAAAGCAUGGAAUUUGCAGCUUCUACAACAUAUUUUUGAUCAGCAAACAAUGGAUAUGAUAACAAAAAUGAGAAUUUCUCCUUCCGUGGAGGAUAAACUAAUGUGGAAGCUCACAAGGCAUGGGGGUUUUACAUUAAAAACAUCUUACAAGAAGAUUUAUGAGCACAAUCUGGUUGAUGUCCAGGUUUCAACUGAGAUUCAGGGUACUUCUGUAAAAUGGAAGGAAUUAUGGGAAGCACAUACUUGGCCUAGAGUAAAGCAUUUCUUUUGGAAAUGUUUGUCAGACAUUCUUACUACAAGAGAAAGUUUAGCAAGGAAUUGUAGAUACAUUAACCAGCAAUGUCCUAUGUGCAACCAGUUUGAUGAAAGUUCCUUACAUAUUUUAUUCUUAUGCCCUUAUGCAAGAGCUGUAUGGAUGGAAAUUUCAGGUGGUAGUGCCUUCUUACAAAGAUCACAUAACUCUGUCAUUGAAAUCUUUCAAAGCUGGCUUUUACAAGAUAAGCAGAAUGGCACUGAAGAUAAUUUGAUUAAUCUUGCUAUGGUUGUUGCUUGGAGCAUAUGGAAUGACAAAUGUGAAACUGUUUUUCAAAACAAAAAACAAGAUCCAAGAGUUACAACAAGAAAAGCAGUUUUCUUUGCUAAUUAUAUUGGCAGUCUUUACAGGAACACAAGUCAAAAUCAGCAGAUAUCUCACAGACGUUUGCAGUCCAAUGAAAGCACUUGGAGGGGAAGCGCAUCAAAUUGCUAUGCAGGAAUAAAGGAUGCAGAACAAGCUGAAUGA